UUUGUCAACUAUUGUCCCUGUGCAAUGUCUGGACAAACUGCUGCUGGAACACAAGGAUUUCCCAAUUUGGGAUCAAUCAAGUACAUCCAUCUAUCGAGUACUCACUGCCCUCCCUGUCAAACCUCCCUGUGCCUGUCUGUGAAUCCCAAGCAUUCAUCCUGCUGCACACCUCCUCCUCCUCCUCCUUCUCCUCCUCCCCCAUCAGCCAGCAAAAAUAAUGCGAUCAACAGACCAGUGACAGCAGCACCAAUGAAAAAGUGGGAGUGCCGAACCGAGAGAGCCGAUUGGCUGCCUUGGCACUAAGCAGACUGGAAGAGACUGAAACCUGGGGAUUAGAGAUGAUAUAGAGCGGCCUGCACCUCUCCCUCCACAAUGGUCGUUCCUGGAUCUCAGCACAUAGAGGACAAAAUGUACAACCCUCCUGCUGAACUGCAGAGGGAUGCUCAUGUGCCUGAUUUCAACUCCUAUCUGGCUCUGUACAGAAAGUCUCUGGAGAAUCCAGAAGGUUUCUGGAAAGAGGUUGCUGAUGAGUUCUUUUGGAAGAAGCCGGCAACGGGACCAAUGCUGCAGUACAACUUUGACAUGACCAAAGGGAACAUUUAUGUCAAAUGCAUGGAAGGGGCCAAAACCAACAUGUGCUACAACGUCCUGGACAGAAACGUAAAAGAGAGGAAUCUUGGUGAACAAGUUGCCUACUACUGGGAGGGGAACUCACCAGACCACCACAUGGCUAUCACCUACCGCCAGCUGCUCAGCCAGGUCUGCCGCUGCGCCAAUGUCCUCAAGCAAAUGGGAGUGAAAAAGGGAGACAGGGUGUCCAUCUACCUUCCCAUGAUCCCAGAGCUGGUCUACACAAUGCUGGCCUGUGCCAGGAUAGGCGCUGUUCACUCCAUCGUGUUUGCCGGUUUCUCCUCGGACUCUCUGUGUGAGAGGAUCAUGGACGCUCAGAGCAGAAUCCUGGUGACAGCAGAUGGUGUUUACCGAGGAGAGAAGCUGAUCAACCUGAAACAGAUCACGGACGAGGCUCUGGAGAAGUGCAGGGAAAAAGCGUCGUCCACCGUCACUAAAUGCCUCGUCGUCAAGCACCACGCGCUGAGGGCCAAAGGCGGAGCUGCUUGCAAUAAACUGCAGACCCCCUGGGACUCUGAGUGUGAUGUGUGGUGGGACGAGGCGAUGAGAGACGCUCCUGAGGAGUGUGAACCCGAGUGGCUGGAUGCUGAGGACCCGCUGUUCAUUCUCUACACCAGCGGCUCCACCGGCAAGCCCAAGGGUGUUCUCCACACUGUUGCCGGGUACCUACUAUACACAUCGCUGACCUUCAAGUACGUUUUUGAUCAUCACCAUGACGACGUGUACUGGUGCACGGCCGACAUUGGCUGGAUCACCGGCCAUUCCUACAUCACUUACGGCCCGCUUGCCAACGGCGCUACCAGUGUUCUAUUUGAAGGUAUUCCUGUCCAUCCUCACGUGGGUCGCUUCUGGGAGAUUAUCGAAAAGUACAAAGUGACCAAGUUCUACACCGCCCCCACAGCCAUCCGCCUGUUGAUGAAGUACGGACGGGAGCCGCUGCAGAAGUAUGACCUCUCCAGUUUGAGGAUUCUGGGUACAGUGGGGGAGCCAAUCAACCCAGAGGCGUGGCACUGGUACUAUGACGUGGUUGGCCGGGGCAAAUGUCCUGUGGUUGACACUUUCUGGCAGACAGAGACGGGGGGUCACGUCUUGACGCCGCUGCCUGCUGCCACGCCACUGAAACCAGGCUCUGCUACGUUUCCUUUCUUCGGGGUGGAGCCCACCAUCCUCAACGAGCACGGGGAGGAGCUGGAAGGCGAGGCUGAGGGCUAUCUGGUGUUCAGGAGGCCCUGGCCUGGAAUAAUGCGCACUGUGUACAGAAACCAGGAGCGCUUCGAGAACACUUACUUCAGGAAAUUCCCAGGCUUCUAUGUGACUGGUGAUGGCUGCCGACGUGACAAGGACGGCUAUUACUGGAUCACAGGGAGAAUAGACGACAUGCUGAAUGUGUCAGGCCACCUGAUGAGCACGGCGGAGGUGGAGGCGGCUCUGACGGAGCACUCGGCCGUGGCGGAGGCUGCCGUGGUGAGUCGGCCUCACAAGGUGAAGGGCGAGUGUCUCUACUGCUUCGUCACCCUCAAAGACCACAGGGAGUUUACGCACACACUGGUGGAGGAGCUCAAGAGACUGGUGAGAGAGAAAAUUGGACCAAUCGCCACGCCGGAUUUCAUUCAGAAUGCCCCGGCGCUGCCAAAAACUCGCUCAGGGAAGAUCAUGAGGCGGAUCCUCCGGCAGGUCGCGCGCAACGAGAAGGACCUGGGUGACCUCUCAACCCUGGCUGACCCCAAGGUGGUGGAAAUCCUGUUCAGCCAGAGGUGUGAAGCCGCGGCCUGAGCGACACGCCCUCUCCUCAGGCCCGGGACGCCCUCUCAGCGGUGCAGAUCAACACAAAUCACAACGCGCUGGUUUUGCCUCAGCCUCCGAGUGUUUGCCGGCACUCUUUGGGACUGUAUAGCGGGGCUGGGAUCAGAAAAAUAGGCUACUGACUUCGAGAUGUGUGAAUAGUUGUUUUAUGGGGCGUAAAGAAAGUAGAGAGUAAUUGCAAAGGCCGCACACACACACACACACAAGUGGUGCACCAAGUUUCAUAUGUCUAGUGAACAUGAUGCUGUCGUUGAUGACACAGUGUUAAUUACAUCUAUGGUUGGGCCAAAUCGUAAGCAAACUGGACACAGAAUCACUAUCUUUUAUAUUUUCUUAAAAGUCGGUGACAAUAAUUUCGCCAUCAUUCUCUCUGUCUGCAAAACAAUCGGUGAGCUCUGGCUUAGGGCUUGUUUUUUUUUUUGGUUUUUUUUUAAAUAGUAUUACUUUCCAAUCAGGUGACGCUGCUCUGUUUGAAUAAGUGUGAGCAAGUCAGCUUUGCACAGUUUCUGAAUGAUGACUGAUGUACAUUGUAAAUUCAUAUAUUUCUAUGACUUGGGAAUAAACUGUAUAAUCCUG